AUGGAGUUAAUAUUGUUAAUACUUCUAUAUUUAAUAAUUGAACCAUUCAAAAUAUCAAAAUGUAUUUUUCAAAACAGAGUUCAUCCAAAUAAUCAUUUGACACAAGAACAAAGUAUUGAUACAAAAAUAUAUCUUGUUUAUAAAUAUUGUGUUUCUUUUGAUUUUGCUGGUACAAGAAUGAUGUAUAAAUGCAAUGGACAAUAUUUUGGAACUUUUGAAGAAGCAUUAAAUUAUAUAAAAUUUUUGUGUCAAAAAAAGACUAUGAGAUAUCCUAUUGAAAAAAUUAAGCCAUUUCAAGAUUUUGACGUUAGAAAUUAUUUAGGAACAACUUUACGAAGUUAUUAUGUUUGGAAACAUAUAUGGGGUAAAUGUGAUUGUAGUUGUUUUUCUUUCAAUAAUUUUGAAGUUUUUAAAGCAAAAAUUCUUCAAGAAAUAACUUUAUUAAGAAAAUUUCAUGGUGCGCCACCUCUUAUUAUUGAUAAAAAAUUAACUCGAUUAGCUGAAGCACAGGCUAAAAAAUUAGCUAAAGCUAAUAAAAUUGUAUCUUUAUUUAAAUUUUCACCUUAUGGUAGUACAAUGGGAAUUAUUUUUUACUUAGCAGGUAGUACAAUGGUUAACAACUGGUAUGAAGAAAAUAAAUACUAUGAUUACAAUAAUCAAAAGUCUAUAAAAGGAUUCAAAUCAUUUACACAAUUAGUUUGGAGGAAAUCAAAAUAUAUUGGAAUUGGUGUUGUUAGAAAAAAUUUUGCUCUUUUUGUUGUUUGCUUUUUUUAUCCAAAAGGUAAUAGUAAAGGUAAUUAUUUAAAAAAUGUGUUACCACCUAGAAAAAAGAUAGUUUAUUAA